UUUGUCGGGACAGUGGGCCAAACCCCCCAAACAUUUUUCGCUCCUUUGCUAGCGAUGAAAGAGCUCAUUUUUGCUGGUCACAUUCACUGCUGUUAAAAUAGCGCCACGCCAGCGGAAAUUAAAAGUCACCCUAAGAGUAGAGGGGCUGGGCUACGGGAUUUCCCCCUCCCUGCUUACCAUUUCCCUCAGCCAGACGAUUUCCUGUGGGGGAGGGGAAGCAGCCGCUGUAUUGAUCCUUCUCCGAGCCGUCUAAAGGGGCUUCUCUGGUGUCCCUGCUGAGAUCGCUGAGAAAGGGGCAGGAACAACCGCCGCCAGGAUGUUUUCUUUUAAUAUGUUUGAUCAUCCAAUUCCCCGGGUUUUCCAGAACCGCUUCUCAACCCAGUAUCGUUGCUUCUCAGUGUCCAUGCUUGCAGGACCUAAUGACAGGUCAGAUGUGGAGAAAGGCGGGAAGAUAAUUAUGCCACCAUCUGCCUUGGAUCAACUCAGUCGACUUAACAUUACGUAUCCUAUGUUAUUUAAGCUGACUAAUAAAAAUUCAGAUCGAAUGACGCAUUGUGGUGUGCUAGAAUUUGUGGCUGAUGAAGGCAUUUGUUACCUUCCACAUUGGAUGAUGCAGAACUUGCUUCUGGAGGAAGGAGGCCUGGUGCAGGUAGAGAGUGUUAAUCUUCAAGUGGCUACUUACUCAAAAUUCCAACCACAAAGUCCAGAUUUCCUUGACAUCACCAAUCCCAAAGCUGUAUUAGAAAAUGCUUUGAGAAACUUUGCUUGUCUAACCACCGGGGAUGUUAUUGCCAUCAACUACAACGAGAAGAUCUACGAGCUUCGGGUAAUGGAGACCAAACCUGAUAAAGCUGUGUCCAUCAUAGAGUGUGAUAUGAACGUAGAUUUUGAUGCACCUUUGGGAUACAAAGAACCAGAAAGACACACACAACCUGAGGAGAGCACAGACGUUGAAGCAGACCACAGUGGCUAUGUGGGUGACCUAGGAUUUCGUGUAAGUAUCUUCUUUUGGUCUGGUAGUGUUGAACACUCGAAGCUUGUAGGCAAAUCUAUCAGCUGGGAAGGUGGAAACACAUUCCCCGCAACUGCACAAAUCCAGUUCCUUUGCUCAGGGCUUCUCUUUUACUUAGAAACAAAGAUGCAGAGCAACCGAGUGUCACCACCUCAGAGGUUUGUCUUAGCCCUCAUCUCAGGACUUCCCAGCCUUUCCCAGCUGAGGCUUCCCCCAGCCAGCUCCUACUUGCUGCAGGUGUUUUCUUCUCAGAACUUCCAGGUGUGACAGGCCCCUUUCCUAGCCUUGGGUCCUCCUUUCCUGAGGCUAGGCUGCCUCUAUUUGUAGCAGAUGCUGCUUACAACAUGUAAUCACACGACAACCUGGCCUUGGAACACUGAGAUGUGCACAUGCACCCUAGGACCAACACUAGAGCCCUGUGAUUUUCACAAAUACAAAAUAACACAAAAUAAAAUGAAAACUUCAUCCUGGAACUGCUGUGCCUGUGGCUUCUAUCCCACAGGGCAAGUCCGGCUCCCUGUGCCGGGCAUUGCAACCUGGUAGAUGAGGUCACAGCAUCACUCAGAUUUGGCCCAGCCACCCCUCUAUCAUGAUUUGAGUGAGUGGUGUUGCGACCUGGUGCAUGGGGAUUGCAGCGCCACUCAGGUUUGGCCCGUUCACUCUUCUGUCAUCAUAUCAUCCCCAAAGUGGGGAGCUGGGCCCAGCCCUGUGGGACAGGAGCCACUGCUGCAGGGUGAGUGCAAGGUGGGCUCGCUGUGCAACCCCCCUUCCCACUGUCUGCAACCCCCUGCCCCGCCUCAGG